UAUGUCCUCUGAAGAAAUGCAGUCUGUUCAAUAAAGCCACCGUGAUAGCGAACGUAAAAAACCCUGCGUACGAAGACAUUAGGAGCUGAAACAUCUUCUGAUACGGCAUCUUUUUUUCAGUUAUUUAUUUGUAUGAACGUCACUCAAGUGAAGAGCUAUGUUACUGACACAUCGACUAUUCGUCUCAAUAUUUAUUUUGACUUCAGGACCAACAAGCAUUCCAUCUGGUAGCACAACUACAGUAUUCCCAAGCAAUGUCACAACUCCAGUCAUACCAACACAUGAUGGUAAUGUCACAUCUCUACCUCUAUCUGCUCAAAGUAAUGUGACAAACUCAUCCACAUCAGGCAACACUACCGCGACAAUUUCAACAACAGGCAGUGUCACUACUACACCCUUAAGUACAGCAGGAAAUUCAACAAUUACAGGACAAACUGCAGCAGGCAAUGCUAUAACAACACCAAACAAUGCCACAACUCCACAGAUAACUACCCUAAGCAAUGAGACAUUUCCACCCUUAACCACACAUGUUUCAAUCCAAACUACACAUGGGAAUGUCACAGUUCUGCCUGUAACAACAGUAAGCAACAACACUAUGUCAGCCCAGACUACAUCAGGCAAUGUCUCAACUCCACCUCAACCUACACAAGGACCAACAAGCAUUCCAUCUGGCAGCACAACUACAGCAUUCACAAGCAAUGUCACAACACCAGUCAUACCAACGCAUGGUGGUAAUGUCACAUCUCUACCUCUAUCUACUCAAAGUAAUAUGACAAGCUCAUCCACAACUACAUUGGGAAAUGCUACAAGUUCAUCAGUGAGUACACCAGGGAAUGCCACAAUUCCACCCAUGACUACAUCAAGCCAUGCCACAGUUCCACUUACAACUGUAAAAACAACAGCAGCCAACAACACAAGACCACCUGUAUCUACACCAGGGAAUGCUACAAACCAUCCUAUAACUGCACCAGGAACAACCACAAAUCCUCCUUUAACUGCACCAGGCAAUGCCACAACUUCUUUACCUGUGCCAGGGAACAGCACAACUCAAUUAAUAACUGCAAGAGGCAAUGCCACUAGUCCUUUUAGUACAACAGGCAACACUACCGCAACAAUUUCAACAACAGGCAGUGUCACUACUACACCCCUAAGUACAGCAGGAAAUUCAACAAUUACAGCACAAACUUCACCAAAAAAUGCCACAACUCCACCGAUAACUACCCUAAGCAAUGGGACAUUUCCACCCUUAACCACACGUGUUUCAAUCCAAACUACACCUGGGAAUGUCACAGUUCUGCCUGUAACAACAGUAAGCAACAACACUAUGUCAGCCCAGACUACAUCAGGCAAUGUCACAACUCCCCCUCAACCUACACAAGCUACCUGCCCUGCAGUGCCCUGCCCACCCCUCAGUGUUUGUGUGAAUUCCAUCUGUCAGUGUCUGGCAGGAACAAUUCUUUUAAAUAAUGCUUGUGUGGAAACUAAAACCUUCCCCAGUACCCUUCGGGUGAACCGCACUUUUGUAAGUGCUAUGAAUGAUCCCCAUUCACUCGAAUUCCGGCAAACUGCUAACGAGAUAAUUUCUGAGAUAAAUGCAGCUCUGCGUAACCAGCCAAACUACAUUAACAGCACUGUCCUUAAGCUAACGCCUGGCAGUGUAGUGGCCUUAGUGAACAGUUUUUUUGAGCUCAAUUCUCCAGCCACCCAGGAUUCGGUUGGAGCAGCCAUGGAUACUGCUAUAAAAGAGUGCGGGGCAGAGAAGUGUGGCAUCCUUGCUGAUGCUCAAUACACACAAACUGAUCUCUGUCAGCAGGAGCCUGUUCCUUGUGAUGUUGUCUCUACAGUGUGUGCGACCAGAGAUGGUCUUCCAAACUGUGCCUGCAAACCAGGCUAUGUACCUAGCCCUUACCAGAGGAAGAGCUGUACAGUCUGCCCCAGUGGACAGAAAGCACAAGGAGACAACUGUGUACCAUGUCCAUUUGGCUAUUCUGGAUUGAACUGUGAUGACUCCUCUUUGAUUGCUCUAGUGGUGGUGGCAUGUGUGUUAGGGGGAGUUCUGCUCAUUGUGAUUUUGGCUGUGCUCAUCUACCUCUGUUUGACUCAUAGCUGGAGGAAAUCUAAGGAAUAUCUGUACAACACACCAUACCCUGCUGAGGAGUUCGAGUCCACAUGGUCCUCUCAGGGUAUCACUCCUAUUCCUCGUGCCACUCUCAACACUAGUGCCAGCAAUGAGGCCAGUGACACCACACUGGAGAUGACUGAGGGGGCAGGCAAAAGGAAUAGCCUUAGUAAUGGAUUGACGGGCUCGUAUGACCUCGCCACUGAUGGCCUGAAGACCUUUACGGGAGAAUACCCGUCACGCUACUCUUAUUUGGUGGGUCAUGAAAACCCCUACUUCCUGCCAGGAGAUGACAAGACAACCACAUGAGGAGAGUGGCAGAGGGGAGGGAUAGGGUACGAGUCUAUAAGAGCAAAAUUGCAAGAGGACACAAAGGAAAAAAGUGCUAUAACAUUAUAAAAAAUGCCUUGGAUCAAAAAUAAGAAGUCUCCCUGUUAAGGAAGGGUAAACUUCCAAACCCUAAAACUGAUCACAGAUGCAAAGUAAAAGUGGCAUUUGAGAGAUCCAUCAUUUUAAACCUUUUAAAAAAAAAUUUAAAUGUUUUCCAAUUUUAAUUUCCUCUCACUCAUGAUAUAAUGCUCACUUCCUAGAAGUGCAUUGAUGAUUGGGUUACUUACACACCAUGUACUCACUCAGCUGUUGACACUGUACAACAAAUCUGACUGAAUGAGUGCACUGGACAUUGAUCAACUAUUCAUCUGUUGAUAUUUGCAUUCAUUGUCUUCAUUUGUUACCAUGUUUCAUCUGCAACAUUUGCAUGUUCAUGCAAAAAUUAGGGUCAUUAUCUUUCAGAGCUCAUGCAUACAGUAUGCUACUAUAUUGUGUCUUCAGCACAAAAUACUUUAUUAUGAAGAAUGUAAUAUUGAACAACAUUUCAACAUGCUUUAUUUACCUUACUUGUGGAAGCAAUAAGAAACGGAGUACAUGAUGUAAUCCAGAAGACCAAUGUUCUAAUUGCAUCUAAUCCUCAUUUAUUUUAACUGCACUUUUCAGUAGAAAGCAUGCCAUAUCAUAUGUGUAUGUGUGUGUGUCCAUUUAUAACCAAGCUAUGGUUAUGUCUGUAAGUAAGGUCUGAUACUCUCAGUUAUGAAUUAUUGUUUUAUAUACCUUCUCCAAAGAAUGAUUUUAUUUUCUAUCAGGACAAUGCAUGCCACCUGAAAUUUAUCUCUGUGCCUGACUGUGAUGCUGUUGUUUGAAUAGGAGAAUUAUGCAAUAAAAGGGAGCCUUUAACAUGCCUCUUCUAGUUGUGCCAAUGAUCAUAUUUAUUAAAAUCAGAACAUAAAGUUGUUUACUCAACUGUCUGUUUGGUUUAUAGAUAAUUAUUUAUGUUUCUCUGGACUACUUUCUGUACAUAAGGCUUUUGUAUAAAAAAUGCUCUUUUUGGACAAAGUGAUUCAUCUUAUUCUGUAUUUUGGAAAAUGAAAUAAAUUAUUAUAAAGAUGUAGUCAUCUUA